UCCUCGAGUCGUCAAGCAGCAGCGGCGAGCAAAAAAAAAAUGGCGUUGAGAGCAGCUUUGAGGACUAAGUGUGCUUUAUCAGGUUUGUUGCGCAUAUAUGGCGACACUCGGCAGACAGCACAUUGUAUUUUAGUUCUCAACCGAAGACCGCCUUAACGCGGAAGUGCCCUUCGUCCGGUUGUGCCGUUAGCCGUCGCGCAGAAUGCGGAGCAAGGGUCACAGAGGGGCUCGUCCUAGAUGCACUCGAACGAUAGCCUCAUUGUUAUUAUCGGUCAACUCUUUUCAUAAUGUACGUUUAGAUUUGAACUCACUUUUCGCGGGCCUCGUCUCCUGUCAUGUGUCACUUCCGCAUUUUAAACAGAGUGGAUUUCGAAAUGUCUCCGUAGGUGGUUUCUUUCUUUCCCAGGCGUCCUCCAGCAGCAGACAUGGCAGAGUGUGUGCAUCGACCGUGCUUGCCGCCCAGCAAAGAAGCAACUCCACAUCGUCAAAGAUUUCUGUGGAUUUUGACCAGAGUACAGGCGUGGCUGUGAUGCAUAUGAAGAGUCCACCGGUCAAUAGCCUCAGUUUGGAUUUCCUCACCGAGUUUUGCAUCAGCUUGGAAAAGCUUGAGAUGGACAAGAGCUGCCGAGGCCUCAUCAUCACCUCUAGUCUGCCCAAGGUGUUCUCGGCAGGGCUGGACAUCUUGGAGAUGUACGGCAAGAGUCCAGAAAGCUGCGGGGAGUUCUGGAAAGCCGUUCAGGAGAUGUGGCUGAAACUCUACAGCUCCAACAUGGUCACCGUAGCCGCAAUCAAUGGCUCCAGUCCUGCAGGUGGCUGUCUCAUGUCUUUGACGUGCGACUACAGAAUAAUGGUGGACAACCCACGGUACAGCAUCGGCCUUAAUGAGACUCAGCUCGGCAUCGUUGCCCCUUUUUGGUUUAAGGACACCAUGGCUAAUACAGUGGGCCACCGCGUCACCGAGAUGGCUCUGGCUCUGGGGAUGCUCUACAGCCCGGCGGAGGCUCUGAACAUCGGCUUGGUGGACCAGAUAGUACCAGAAGACAAGCUCAUGAGCACAGCCGAGCAGACGAUGGCCAAGUGGUUGGCCAUUCCAGCCCACGCCAGACAGCUCACCAAAUCCAUGAUGAGGAAGCCCACCGUCGACAGGUUGACGUCCAAAAGAGAGGCCGAUGUCCAAAACUUUGUGAGUUUCAUCACCAAGGAUGCCAUCCAGAAUUCACUCCGCGUGUAUCUGGAGAUGCUCAAAAGGAAGAAGGCUUAACGGGAGGAUGUCGGACGCGAAGGCCUGUGAUCCGAAGUCAUCGCACAACGACUUGACCGAGCGAACAAUAGCUACGCUCAUACGAACGCGUCAUUGUCCGGCACCGCCGCUUUACGAUAUGAAGAAACUGUACUUAUUUUCU